CUUCUCGGACGCGGAAUGGCUCAACAGGAUCUUGUUCAGCCGACGAAUGUGACAGUCAUCACCGGUGUCGCAUUGGAGGCAACUGGUACCGAUAGAGUACAUGUGGUCACUCGGAAGGACACCAGAAGGUUCCGCUAUAGAACCAGCAUAAUCGUCGGGAAUAUUAUGCGUUAUUUCGAUACGAUGAGACUUCAGCGUUUCAAAGGUGUGCUAGUCUACGUGAAUAAUGUGGAACGAGGUCAGCCAGAAAUUUACAUUGUUCUCGAGGAAGCUCAGAUUGGAGUUCGUAUCCGGGAAUCUUAUGCAAUCGACGUUGAUCGUUACUCGAAUUAUCAGGAAAGUAUGGGAUUGCUCAACGUUGCGCUCAGUGUACCACCGCAGUAUGGAGUGCGUCCUGAUGGUGAUAAAACGCGAGAGGCAGAGAUGCGUCAGCGGUACAAUCUCCCUCGUGUGGCCGGAUUGAUGAGACCGUUCCCAGACCAGACGUCAGCCAGUUUUAUGCAGACACUGACAUUAAAUGAUGUCAAUUCGGAAACCUAUAGACAACAAAUAAUUAAUAUGUAUCGAGUGCAGGGAUCUGGUGAGCCCGGAUCAGAGCAGUCGCUGUCGUCACAGAAUCAGGCUGGUAUGCCAACUGAAAAUAUGUUUACCACCAGUAAGGACGAAGACAAAAAAUUCGAGGUUAGUAAGUAG